AUGUCCAAACCCGUGCUUUGGUUGCGUUGCGAAAAGAAGGUGUUCGAAAGACGAGCUGCACUUACCCCCACAACUGCCAAAAAGCUCAUUCAUGCCGGCUUCGAUAUCUUCGUUGAACGCGACCAACAGCGAAUAUUUGAUGACUUCGAAUAUGAAGCAGUCGGUUGUAAGCUCGUAGAAAACAACUCUUGGCCAACGGCUCCCAAAGACAUCCCGAUCAUUGGAUUGAAGGAGCUCCCAGUCUCGACAGACCCACUUCCCCAUACCCAUAUCCAAUUUGCUCAUUGCUACAAAAAACAAGCCGACUGGUCGUCUGUUCUUGCUCGAUUCCAUCGUGGAGGUGGUACCUUGUAUGACUUGGAGUUCCUAGAAGACGAGAAACAUCGACGAGUAGCUGCGUUCGGCUUUCAUGCAGGAUUCACCGGUGCAGCAGCAGGUGCUCUUGCUUUGGCCGCACACCGAAAAGAUGAGAAACUUGGGAAGCUGGAGCCCUAUGAUAACGAGGCGAACAUGAUCUCGCACGUCAGGGGUGUUUUGGGCGGAAGUGGAAAAGGUGUGAAGGCACUCGUAAUCGGUGCCCUUGGAAGAUGCGGGCGGGGCGCCGUUGACCUCUUUAGAAAGAUUGGCCUCGCUGAGGAUGAUAUAUUGAAGUGGGAUCUUGAUGAGACAGCGAAAGGUGGACCUUUCCAAGAAAUUCUCGACGUUGAUAUCUUCGUCAACUGCAUUUACCUCAAUUCCAAGAUUCCCUCCUUUGUUACUCGAGAUCAGCUCGUCGCCGCAGGUAUGGAUAGGAGGCUAUCAGUCGUCGUAGAUGUUAGUUGUGAUACCACCAAUCCCUACAAUCCUAUUCCCAUAUACUCCAUCAACACUACUUUCUCCGAACCAACCGUUGCUGUGGACCUUGGACCCGAAAGUCCUCCGCUAUCUGUCAUUUCUAUUGAUCAUCUCCCUACUUUACUUCCAAGAGAAUCUUCCGAGCAGUUCAGUUCAGACCUACUCCCAUCGUUGCUUCUUUUUCCCAGCAGGCAGUCGGCGCGAGUGUGGACUGAUGCAGAGAAACUGUUCAAGGAAAAGUUGGCGGAAGCUGUGGUCGCGGAGGGGCUAUGA